AUGGAUACCGCCUUUUCCAACGAAUCCCUCAUCAACGCGGCUACAGACCGCCAAGAAGCCACCCACAUCCAGUCCCCUUGGUACUAUGGCAGCAAGCUCCCGUAUUAUCUCAACCCGAAAGGACGGUUCGAGUGGUCUUCGGACAGGGUUGUUCGGGAGUUCGUAUUCAACUCUUAUCUGAUGCUGUACCAAUCCGCGAAAGACUUCAUCGGCAAGCCUUUCCGUGUAUUGUGUGAUGUCGGAGAUGUCAUUAUCCUGCUACCCGAUGUUGUUCAGGAGAUCCGGAAUGACAAGCGGUUUAGCUUCGUUCAAGGCCUAUUUGAGGACUUCCAAGGACAGUAUGCAGGCUUUGAGGCUUACAAGGAAGCAUGCCACCCUUCCGAACGUCUUCAGAACGUGGUCAAGCUGAGGCUGACCAAGACCCUUGAAUGGCAUGACACAGUGGCCAAACAUGAAAUCCUCAAGAUUGUAUCCAGAAUGUCAUCCCGAAUCUUUGUUGGAAAACGGCUGGGACGCAACGAGAAAUGGCUAAACACCAUCGUUGGGUACGUCGAGCUCAGCGUCCACGCGAUGCAGAACCUCCGCUUCUGGCCUAAGUUCCUCCGAAGCAUCGUGGUGUACUUCCUCCCGGGACCCACGAAGCUGCGCGGCUACAUCAAAGACGCAGAUACGCAAGUCUUUGCGGAGAUCAAGCACCGUCAGCAGGAAGCCGGGUCCGUUGAAGAGUACAACGAUGCUAUUGCGUGGUUCGAGGAGAUGGCCAAGGGGCAGAAGUACAACCCGGCAGUCUCUCAGCUGAUCCUCGCUGGUGUGGCGAUUCACACCACGGAGGACCUUGUUACCCAGACGCUCUAUGAUGUUUUCGAGCACCCUGAGCUUGUCCAACCUCUUCGGGAAGAAGUCAUUCAAGUCAUUGGCGAGGGAGGGUGGAAGAAGACAUCGCUCUACAACAUGAAGCUCAUGGACAGUGUUCUCAAGGAGAGUCAGCGGCUGAAGCCAAAUCAGAUUGUUGGAAUGGCCCGCCGAGCCACAGCAGACGUCCAGCUCUCCGACGGGACCAUCAUCAGCCGCGGUAGCGCGACCGUCAUCUCAGCCGAGCGUAUGUGGGAUGACAAAGUCUACGAGAACCCGCACGUCUUCGAAGGCUACCGAUUCUACCGUGAGCGCGGCGGCGCCAACGACGCAGUCAGCCAGUUUGUCAGCACCAGCGUCAACCAUAUGGGUUUCGGUCAUGGCAUGCACUCUUGCCCGGGCCGCUUCUUUGCGGGAAAUGAAGCCAAGGUGCUACUUGCUCAUAUGCUUCUGAAGUAUGACAUGAAGUUGGUCGAGGGCGAGAAGCCGAAGUUUGCAGAGUUUGGUUUCACCCGCGAAUCGGACUCCGAUGUCAAGAUUUCGGUUCGUCGACGCGAGGAGAUUGACCUCUCUGUCCGAGAAGAGACGGAAUAA